AAGAACGUCAAAUCCAAAUCACAACCCUCAAUUAUAUGUAUCACUACUUUUGGGGGUGCAUAGUUUCUUCUUUCUUCUGAAACUUAUUUUUUAACCUCAUUUUCCUUUUUUAGGCUCAACCUUUUAUUCCUAUCCAUUCCCUGCUUCAAAAUAUUAUCUUUCAUUUUCUCAAUAUUUGGUGCAAAUAAGUUUCCUUUUGAAGUUGCUUUUCUUGCUGUCUUAAGAAUUCAAUUCAACCCUAAGAUUUUGCUUUCAUUUGUUGCAAAGAUGGUGAGAGGGAAGACGCAGAUGAAGCGUAUAGAGAACGCAACAAGCAGACAAGUAACAUUCUCAAAGAGAAGAAAUGGUUUGAUGAAGAAAGCUUUUGAAUUAUCAAUUUUGUGUGAUGUUGAAGUUGCUCUUAUUGUUUUCUCACCAAGAGGAAGACUCUAUGAAUUUGCAAGUUCAAGCAUUUUAGAAACAAUCGAACGAUACCGCAGUCAUACAAGGAUUCAUAAUACUUCAACAACACCUGAAUCUGCUGAAAAUAUUCAGCGUUUAAAGGAAGAAGCGGAAAACAUGAUGAAAAAGAUUGAUCUUCUUGAGACAUCAAAACGAAAACUGUUAGGAGAAGGUUUGGGGAGUUGUUCCAUUGAUGAACUACAAAGGAUAGAGCAACAGUUGGAGAGGAGCGUAACCAAAAUUCGGGUUAAAAAGACUGAGGUUUUCGGGAAACAAAUUGACCAUCUAAAAGAAAAGGGAAAAACCCUAGUUGCUGAAAGUACCAGACUCUCUGAGAAGUAUGAUAGUUAUUCAUCACAGCAAGCAAAUAAUGAUGAUAGAGAAAAUGUAGUUGAGGUUGAAGCUUAUGCAGAUCAAAGUAGUCCAAAUUCAUACGUCGAGACUGAAUUAUUCAUUGGUCUUCCGGAUACAAGAACAAGAAGAAUUUCUCCAAACUUGACGAUUAAUUAAUCCUUUUAACUAUGCAAAAUGAAAAUAAGGGUAAGGAAAAAUGUUUCAUUCUAUAUUGGAUAUGUUUCCUUAUUUAUGCUCUCAUCAUUCAGAUGAUAAACUGUAAUGGUGAACUCUAAGACUAGUGAUUUGUUUCAUAAUAUUCUCAAAUUUAGCUAUGGUCUAAAUGAUUACAUUGUAUUGAUACUUUUAUAUCAGAAUCUUGGAAGUAAGCACUUCCUCGGUAUAAGGAAAAUUGUU